AUGAAUAACAAUACAUUAAAUAAAUCGAGAAGAUUGUACAAUACUUGUGAUACUAAUUCACAAUUAAGAACUAUUCUACUAGCUUCUUUAGCAAAAUUACAGUUAAUAUAAUAAUGUUAUUGUUUAGUUCUCAAAGCACAGCUUAGACUGGUUAUAGUGAAUUAAGGACUUUGAUAGCAUAAUUACAAUAAAAUCAAUUUGUGAUUUUAACGAAUUUACUUGAUUCUAAUGACAUCUCAAAAUAAGCAAAAAAAGAUUAUAUUAAAGUAUUUGGUGUAUUAGCAGAAAUAAGAGGUAGCGAUAUUUAAGAGUAGUUACCAAGAAUUGUAUAAAUUAUAAAUAAAAGAAUAUAAGAGGGUAAUAAUUUUGUUAAUUUGUUCUAGGAGAUUCUACAUUCAUUUAAGUGAUAUCAGAUACAUUUGCUAAUAUCAAUGAAUUUACUAUCUAAACUUCACCUAAUAAAUAUGAGUUAUUUUAAUAGAUUACAGAAUUACUAUAAUCUAAUUUUGUACAUAAUAAUAGAGUUGCUUAAUAAAUUAGUGCUUAAUCAUUAUGUAGGAUAAUUUAAACAACAGAUAAAUAAUUAAUGGAGAUCAUCUUUAAAUCAUAUACAUCGAAAACCUUAGAAAUUUUAAAGUAUAUCUUGAAAUAUAAUUGUAAUUAGAUCUCCACACUGCAAAACAUAAUAAGGAUUAUUAGAAAGUUUACUAAGUCUUAUAUUGACAGUAGAAGUAAUCUUUGAACCAUGUUUAGAGGAAUGUGUACAUACUAUUACAAAUUGUUUGCAUUCAGAAGAAUGGAACUCACGGUAUUAAUAUAGAUAUUUCUAGAAAGUUUUCAUUAGAUAUAAUUUAUUCAUUAAGUGUGAUUUUCCCUCACUAUUUUAGAGUAAAUGAACAUUUCGUCAAUAAAAUAGGUGAAUUAAGAUUUGAUAAAAUAAAACAUGUAAGAGAUGCAGCCUUAGUAGCAAUGUCAUCACUUAAAGAUACAAGAUCAUUAUAAUAAUAAUCAGCUAGAGAACAUAAAUCAGUGUUUAAAUCUAGUGCUAAUAAAGGAUUCUUUGAAAGAACAUCUGAUAUAUAAAUUAUAGAGAAUAGACCAAGAGAUGAAGAAAUCUAAAAAUAGAAAUCAACAUUUGCUGAUAUUCUUGUUAAAAAUGAAACUCAUUCAUUUACACUUCCUAAUUAAUAGAUUGAAAGUGAAAAGAGAGCAUCACCUAUAUAAAUGUUAACAGAUUCUAAUAAAAACCAUUCUCCUUAAUGUUCUCCAUAUAUUUAAGCAAUUCAACCUACAUAUCAUUUUAGUAAUUCUGGAUCUAGCAAUUAAAAAGAGAAGAAAUAUAUUAAUUAAAGUUAAGAGAUUCCUAAAUCAUAAAUUUAACUUGCAACACCACCUUAAAAGUAAUUCUAAGAAAAAUAAGAUUUAUUAAAAUUAUAUGAUUCAGCCAAAGCUAAAUAAAAUGCCAUAUUUGAAUAAAUCUUAAAUUAAAAAUUGUAAAUUUCAGAACAAAAUACACGUUCAGAGAUGAAUCAAUUAAACAAAAGAAUAGAUAAAAUUGAAUAGAUGUUAGAAAGAAUGUCAGAAACUAUAGAUAAAAGAUUAAAUUAAUAAUAGAAUUCUUAAUAACAAUAAUAAAUUAAAUCUCAAAAAUAAAAAGUAGUUCCUGUUGAAUCUUAUUAAGAUUAAUUUAUUCCUUGCUAAAUACAUUAAAAUUAUUAAUCUCGGAAUCUCUAAAAUUAAAAUAUAUUUGACUCUUUAAAUGAUGCUCCUUAAGAAACUAACACUAAAUUAUAAGAUAUUUUUUUCAUAGCUUAAAAGUCUUAAUUAAACACUGAAUCAAAACUGUAAGAAUCUAAUUUUGAACUAAACUCUGGGAAAAUAAGUGAUGCUGAAUGUAAAUUUAGUAAGAAUCAUUAAAAGUCAACAUCAGAGGCUUCACCUUUAAGAAAUAAAGAUUAAUCUAUUCUUACUACUGAUAGUAAAAAGACAUAAUAAUAAUUACCAUCUCCUAUUAUUUAAAAUGCUAAAGUUAUUGAAUAACAAACAGUUAUGUAAAAAGUAGAAGAUUAAUUAGAGGUAAAUUUAUUAUCAUUAUUAGAAAAAUAAUAUUAAUGAAGCUUAUUCUACAGCAUUAACAUCAUUAGAUGAUUAGAUUAUAAUAUCAACUAUGAUGAAGACUGGACCAUGUACUGAGAGAUUAGAUUCUACAUAAGUUGAAUUUUUAUUACAUAAAUUAAGAACAUUAGAUUGGAUUGAAAAUGCACUUCAACAUCAUCUUGCAAGAAUGCCAGCUAUUUUAUUAAAAUCAAUAUCAACAUAAUUAAAUAAUGUAUAAUAAACAGACUAAGUUAAAAGAAUAUAAGAGAUGAUCGAAAAGAAGAAGAUGUAAUCAUAAGAAUGA